AUCCAAUCAUGUUAUAUGCAAAACAAGGUGGCAUUUGCCAAACACAUCAAAGUUAAAACUGCACAUUUUGUCUCCACAGUGAUUUCAUCAAAAACCCCUGAAGAUGACAAAGUGCCAUCAGGGUUGGACAACAGAAACUGUGUAUCAUCACCAUGUAUUAAAACAGUGCCCCACCCACAGCAGACGAUUAUAUCUUUCUCAAGACAGACUCCUCUUCGUCUGCAGAAAUCCGUGAAUAUGGCGACUGUUUGGGGGAUUAUACUCAUACUUGUGUUUGCGCAUUUUGUAGUGUCCAUUUCACAGUUUCAAACACAUAAAUGUGGUGAACCAACCAAAUAUCUGGACAAGCAGCUGGACACCAAAUAUCUUCACAAAGUAGUGUUCAAUGACCAGGAAAAAGUGGUUUAUAAAUGUGUUCAGGGUUAUUCACAAUCAGAAGGAAGUCGAUUGGCAUACUGUAAGAAAGGACACUGGACAACCUUGACCAUGAAAUGCCGAAAGAGAAAGUGCAAUGCGCUGGGUGACAUAGAGAAUGGCCAAUACAGUCGAGAUGGACAGUCGUUCGGUGAUAGAGCCAUUGCUAUGUGCAAUACAGGAUAUGUUUUGAGAGGAGAAAGAGUCCGCAUGUGUCUGGAAAAAGGUUGGAACGGGACAGACCCCAUCUGUGAAGUUCUGCCUACGCCCCUGCCUGGUUUAGUGUCAAAGAUCAUCUGUUCAGCACCUGUUGUGGCAAACCAACGGAUUUAUCCCGGAGAGAGGACACAGUACACACCCCAGGACACUGUAACCAUCACCUGCAGUGAGGGAUUUGAUCUGAUUGGCUCAUCAGCGGUCACAUGUGGGCCAGAUGGCCAAUGGCUGACCUUGCCUGAGUGUCGCCCUAAAGUUUUAUUCUCAAGAGGUGUUGAUCUCAAAACAUGUCCCACUCCUGAAAUGGGAAAAAGUGGUUCAGUGAAAGAGCUGAAGUCUGCUUACAUGCCGGGAGAGUCCGUAUCCGUCACCUGCAGCGAGGGCUUUGAUCUGAUUGGCUCACCACAGGUCACAUGUGGGCCAGCCGGCCAAUGGCAGGGCUUGCCUGAGUGUCUCCCUAAAAGGAUUUCAGCUUCUGGUAAAUGUGGUCCAGCUCCGUCACACCCCAACCUGGAGCUCCGAGACGGGUCGUCCACGCUGAAAGAGUACCCGUCUGGCGCUCGCAUUCGUUACAGGUGCGGUGUAGGAUACCGGCGGGCCAGAGGGAGCGACAGUAUUCACUGUCAAGCUGGCCAGUGGACGAACCUGCGGAUCCAGUGUGAACGGAAAAGAUGCGGAUCUGCUGGAGAGAUUCCCUUUGGCCGCUUUGAGUACACAGGGGUGUUAUUCGGACAUUCAGCUAAAGCCAUCUGUCAAGAAGGGUAUGAACUGAUUGGCCCACUUAUGCGGACCUGCCGGGAUGGAGGCUGGGACGGAAGGGUCCCUGUGUGCGAGCCGGUUCACUGUCCUCCACCCCCAGAGGUCCAGGGUGCUGAGAUCUCCGACCCCAUGUAUGACCAUGUUCCCUUCGGUCACGUGGUGUCCUAUCACUGCCGUUCUGGCGCUCUGAUUGGUGCGAGAGAGAUUCACUGCACACAGAAGGGCACGUGGAGCGCCCCGCCUCCUGAGUGUAAAGACAUUGUCUGUCCUCAGCCACAUGUGCCACGUGGAUCAAGGAUGAGGGGUUUCAGGUCUGUCUAUAAAUUCGGGAACACCGUGACGAUCGUCUGCAAUCCUGGUUUAAGGCUGAUUGGGGAGAGUUUCGUCACCUGUGGCCCAGAAGGGAAGUGGAAUCCAAGACUUCCGGAUUGUGAGCGAAGAAACAGAUAAAUAUUUAACUGAAAGUCACAUACAAUACAGCUGGCAGUCUCAGUC